CAGACGACUAUCACCUUCAACUCUACCAGGACGAUGGUGGCGACUGUCUUGCAGCAUGCCGUCUACAAUGCGGCGCUGCUGCGGGCGUGCGAGGGAGGAGGAGGACCAGCGGGAGGGGUGCAAGUGGAGACUAGCCUCCACACCCUCCCGGGCAGGUCCGUUACGGCGCAGCCGCAGAGCUUCAUGCUCUCGUUCCUCCUCACGCUGGCGUUUCUGUAUCCUCCGUCCUACAUCGCCGAGGAGAUGGUUAGCGAGAGGGAGCGAAGGCUCAAGCACAUGCUCUUCGUGGCGGGCGCGAGAAGUCUGGACUUCUGGUUGGCUCAGAUCAGCAGCGACGUGCUGCUCCUCAUGCUCAUCGCCCUCGCCACUCUCAUCCUGGGGGCAGCGACUCACUCUCCUGUCUUCAUGUCGAGCUAUGCGCUGGCCUCCUCCUCCCUGAUGUUGUGCUUUGCCUUCGCAAUGAGCGCACUGACGUAUGCUCUCACCUUCCUGUUCUCCUCCUCCAAGGCCGUCUUGAAGUACAUGAGCACUGUGCUCCUGUUCGUGACGACCAUCCCCCUCUCCCUCCUCUUCUCCCUCGCUCUCGUUGUCCCGAACCUCGCCUCCUCCCUCUCUCUCAUCCUCUCUGUGUUCCCCGCCCUUGCCUUUGCCUGGAGCCUCUUCCUGCUCAGCGUCAACGCCAUCAUCUCGCACGACCUGAAGCAAGAGGACUCGCUAUCGGAGGUCUUCUUUUCUCCUGACGGGAUCCUGCAGUAUCACCUCAUCCUCCUCCUCUCUGGCCUGGUCUACCUGCUCAUGAGCGCUCACCUC